CCUUGAGCUUGAGGCCUUGAGGCCUCUUCGGAGGCGACGAUCAAUAUGUUCUUCACCAUUAUGCCGAUUUUGGCGAUACAAGCGCUGAACAGUGGUAUAAGUAUCUAGCACGAAUAAUAGAUCUUUAUAAUCCCUAACAUCCCCUACUCGCUCACACCCAUUCCUCAGAUAUGACCUACGUCUCAAAUGAUCCCAGCUUUUGGCCGAUGAUCGAUUGGAAUAUUGCUUUCGGCUAUUGGACGGUUGCCACAGGCCUCGUGGUAGUAUACGAUUGGAUGCUAACUCUCGCACAAGAAAUUGAACUGAUCUGGGGACAACGCUGGUCUCUCAUGACUGCGCUAUAUAUCCUUGUACGCUAUGCUGGAAUACCAUACUCCGUGUAUGUUUUGAAGCCAAUAAGUUGGUGUGGUACUAAUAGCUCGCGUUAUCAGUAUCAAUGUUCUGUUCUUUAUGCCAAUGAUCUCGCUGACAGAUGCAGCAAUGUUGUGUACCGCGCAGUAAAUGGGAUGAGUGUGGUCGUACCUGCCAUGUUGGGCGUCAUCAUGAUUGCUCGGUUGCAUGCCAUGUAUCAGGGAUCUAGAACCAUGCUUAUCUUCCUUGUUAUUAUCUUCCUGGCCAUAAACAUCGCCUGCGGAGUAAUUACGGCAAUAGGACUCAAGAAUACCGCAGCGGAGGAGCUGAUACUCUCUGGCGUGUAUAUGUGCUAUAAUGGACCUGAUGGGGACGGCCAGCUUCUGAUUUCAAUGGUUUGGCUGCUCAACACUGUUUGGGAGGUCUUCGCACUCUGCCUUUCAGUCUGGAUUGCUGUGAAACACUUCCGUGACCUGCGACGACUCGGUCCCUUAACAGGAUUGACUAUCGGGGACUGUUUCACAGUGCUGAUAAAAUCUCAUGUGAUUUAUUUUGCAAGCUUUGUUUGUGUCUCUUGCAUCCAACUUAUCACUUUCGUCCCAGAGCUCGAGAAUCCAAGUUCUAACGAAGUUGUGAUACUCUAUGGUGCUGCUCAGAUUUUAUUUAGUGUGCAGAUGUUCGUGCUGGGACCACGCCUCAUCCUUAGCGUUCGACAGUAUCACGCUAAACUCGUGUCCAACUCCGACGCAGAAUUCAGCAUGAAUUCGAUUGUCUUCGAAGAGCGUGUCCACGUACCAACUAGCAGUACUGUGUAGGGAAUUGCUUGCCGAGUGUUCUGUACGGAGGAGAAAUUGGUCAGGGAUCCGUCAUACCAUUUAUUUAUUUUAGUUCUGGUGCUCCAAAGUAUAUUUUAGACCGGGUUUAUGUAGAUAUUCCUUAUUGUAUUACUACUAGAUGUCAGUGAACUGCCCGCCCA